AUGCUCGGUAUGAACAGUGCCGACCAGACGUCAGCUACCACAACGAUUCCUGCUCCACCUCCAACAAUGCUACCUCUUCCAAAUGAUCAAGGUCCUCUUGGCAAGUUGAUGGAACAAUGCAGUCGCCUAAAUGCGAACGUAAUCCUUGAUAAACUAGAGUCAAAACCAGCAGCGGAUAAAUCACCAACCGCUGCCGAUUCUUCCUAUUCACAGUAUCAGCACUACUGGCCAGGAACAACUUGGUGGGAUCAAGCGAGCACAUGGCCGCUACCGUACACCUCAGUGGAUGCGUAUUCUCCCUAUUUGUCUUCACAAUUAGGCCUACUGUCAUCAGUACCUCCGUCCACAUCGUCACUAAAUCAACGAUUGACGCUCGGGAAAUCUUCGGUCACAUCCGCUGGUGGAGGGAAAUUCCCCCGGGGAAAUUGUGAAUGUCCGAAUUGUGCGGAAGCAGAACGGAUAGUUGCACUAAAGGAUACGGUAAUAGCAAUUAUGGAAUUCGUGCCGUGUGUGCUGUUCAGUGACCGUAAUUGCCCUGACACCAUAGUGCCUUGA